CUGAAGGCGGCGCUGUGACCCACCUUUUCCCAGCCAGUUAUCGAGCUUCCGGUACGCAGAGAAUAAACUACCAGUUUAUCUAGGGAAGCUUGCGGUACAGCUUAAAAAACAUGCUCCGUAUAAACUGGCCAUGAUAUAAAGAAACAUUGUGACCUGAGUCUGUGCUCUGAAGCUUCUUCGUGUGGCCCCACCUGCUACCUCAACUUGAUCCCCUGGCACAAAUCUAAACAUGACGGAGCCACGCAACCCCAGUAUGUCCUCCAUCCCUCAGACGGGCCCUGCACACACAGACUCCAGCUCACCUGCUGUUGAGAUGGACCCAGUGGAGUACACACUAAGGAAGCGUCUUCCCCGGAAGCUCCCAAAAAGACGCAACGACGUCUACGUCAACAUGAAGACGGACUUCCGGGCUCAGCUGGCGCGCUGUCAGAAGCUUCUAGAAGGUGGGGGUCACAGAGAGAUCUGUGUUCAUGGCUUGGGCCUGGCCAUCAACCGGGCUAUUAACAUUGCCCUUCAGCUGCAGGCCAGCAGUCAGGGGGCGCUACAGCUGGCAGCCAACACCUCCACAGUGGAGCUUGUGGACGACCUGGAGCCCGAAGAUCCGGACGAGGCCGGAGAGCCGAUGACGCGUACACGUAACAAUUCGGCCAUUCACAUAAAGGUGUUCUAUCCUGACGCUCAGUGACCAAUCAGGGGGUUUCCUGUGGAUCAGCCUGAGAUUCUCCAUUAGUCCUCAGGCCCUGUUUGUUCCCUCGUUAACCAGUAGAUCACAAACACUGAGUUUAUGUGGAGAGCCACCUUUGCUAUUCUUGUGUUGUAUACAUUUUUCAGCCUGCAUGCUUUGGAGCAACACUAGUGUGCACUAUAAUUUAUACAUAUGUGGCUGUGCCAACUUUUUUUUUUAUGUGUUUAAUGUUUGUGUGUUCAGGUUUUAAAGAUGCCGAUAAGAAAGCAGCAAACAGGUGUUAUUGUUGUAAAUCUCCACUAGGUGGCAGUAGUAGCUACAAUAAACAUGCCAGGAAGU